GGCUGCAGUUGCACAAAAUGACCACUAGAGGUCCUGCUUUCCUCAAAUGUACCGCAGAAGAAGAGUUGACGCCGUUUGAAAGCUCAUGGAGUUAAAUGCGGCAGCAGGAAACAGCACAGCUUAGUUCAGUGGUAGUUUAGUGUGAAGCAUGGACACUAAUGCUGCAGUCUCACUUUACCUGUAACACAGAACACCUCAGCUGCUGCACUUCUUCUUCUCUGGACUUUAUUCUGUCAGCGGCAGGCAGUAAGAUGCAGCUCCGACUGUGCUGACCAACAGCAGCUCAACAAGUCACAACACUGGACAGCUGACGGGCUGCAGCCUGGAUGUGAUUCUGGGUCAGAGUGUGAGUUGAAACCAGACUCAGAGUGCGAUGUGUGGACCUGCCCUGCCUCUGUGUCUGCUGCUCUGGACAGUAACGGCUGUUAUCAGGACGCAAGGUGAGGUCGUAGCUCCUGCCAGCCUGAGCGCCGAGGCCGGUCGCCCCCUCCUGCUCGGCUGCAACAUCACCACGGAAACGGGCGACAGCGUCCGGCAAGUUCGGUGGCUCUUCAAGGACAAGAAGGUCCUCCUGGCGUACGAACUAAGCGUGCCGCUCCUCGUCAGCCGCCAAGACCCCAACGUGCAGCUCACCGCCUCCCACAACCACGGCAGCUACAUCACCAUCAAGAGGGUGCGGUCUGAUGACGAGGGCUGCUACCAAUGCAUCUUUGACGUUUUCCCCAGCGGCCGGCAAGAAGGGAAGACGUGCAUCAGCAUCACUGGUAAAGUGCGCCAAGAGGGAAACAAGACAGUGGUGAGUGGGAAGCCGGCCACCCUGUCCUGCUGGUACAGCCUCCCUGAGAGGGUGCAGCAGGUGCUGUGGAGGAAGACGGCCGAGCAGGGCGACACCCAUACCGUGGCCUCCUACAAAAAGCACAGCCAGAGCAUAGACGAGCAGUACAGGGGCCGGGUCAGCUUGAGCCCCACGCUGAGCGACACCCAGCUGACCAUCCAGGCGGUCCGGACGGAGGACGAGGCCUGCUACACCUGCGAGUUCCACACCUUCCCAGACGGCACCAAGAGGGACGUCGCCUGCCUCUCCGUCUACGUUUUACCCAAACCAGAGGUGAGUCAUGUGACCCAGUCCUCGGGGAUCACUGAAGCUAACUGCACGGCUCAGUCCCGACCUGCAGCAGAGAUCAUGUGGAACGUCGGCGGAGACAACCGAACACUCGGACCGCCCAUUUCCUCCGCCGCCGACCAGGGCGACGGCACCACGGUGGUGACGAGCACGCUGUUCUUCCAGUCAGCGCUAUUCAGCGACGUGUCCGUCAAGUGCGUGGUGCAUCAUCCGGGUUUGGAGAAACCUCUGACGGUGGCCCUCAACACUAAUGUGGGUCCCGCCAUGGUCAUCCUCCUCUCGGUGUGCGGUGUGGCAGCGGUCCUCCUCCUGUGUCUGUGUGUGUGUCUCUGCAAGUGCUUCAUCUGUACUGACGACUGAUUUGGAGCCCGACGUCACAGCUGCUUUGAUGGCGGUCCAGCGGCGCUCUGAGUCUGACCUAGCUGCUCAGCACCGUGCCCUCCGGAUCGGGGAACAGAGCUUUCACAGAACUGAGCCAACACUGCUGGUUCUGCUCCCACGAGCUGGGAACGUCCCGCUAGGGCAGACACACUUCCUCCUGUCAUUCACUACAGAGUAAACGCAACUAAAACACUAUUUAAUGCUAGAUAGCACACUUAAUGUAGAACAUUUGCUUUGAUGAGUGAGGAAAUCUGUGUGUGUGUGUGUGUGUGUGUGUGUGUGUGUGUGUGUGUGUGUGUGUGUGUGUGUGUGUGUGUGUGUGUGUGUGUGUGUGUGUGUGUGUGUGUGUGUGUGUGUGUGUGUGUGUGUGUGUGUGUGUGUGUGUGUGUGUGUGUGUGUGUGUGUGUGUGUGUGUGUGUGUGUGUGUGUGUGUGUGUGUGUGUUCGGUCAAUUCUCAGAUGUUGAACAGUGUUAUAAGUUAUAUAUAUUUUUCAUUUAAGUUGAUAAAUCUAACUUGAGUAGAGUUUGUUCUGUUGGUGUAAUUUAAUUGAAAUAAAAUCUAAUUUAUCAUUUAAAAAAAAAACACAAAUCUUGCCUUAAAAAUACUGAAAACAUGAUUUAAAAAUAUUUUUUUUUCUAUGUCUAUUUUGCACGGCCUAAUAAAGAAAAGUAUUGUUGAUUGGGUGUUCCUAGAUAUUAUUUUUUGGAGUUUAAUGAUAAAAAAAAUCAGCUUUUCAUCAUCAGGUCACUGUGAGUGUGGUUUGAUCAAAUUUAACUGUCAUAAUCAAACAACCCCACAAUUCUCCUCAGAUGUGCACUUCAAAUCUGAACUAUCCCUUUAAGGUGGCUGAAGUUUCAGCUGUUCUUGGCCACCACUGCCUGAUUGCCACCAAAACGGCCACCACAGGGUGCUACGUCACCUGAAAACCCUCCAUUAGUGGUCGCCAGUGAGACAACCCUUUGAGUAAACUAGAAAAGAAAGAUGAUUAAAAGAAUGCCGUUGCCAAUUUUGAACUACAAGUUUACAGGAAUUCAAAGAGAAACGGGGGAUUGAGGCUAAAAUGUGACUUUUCGUGAACCAACCCUGGUGUGAGUCAGACUGAAAGGAUUGCUUUGAGCGGGAAAUAAUGAAAGGUUUGUUAUUUAUAGCUGCUGUGUUGUGCGGGGUGGUCGACCUGUAACCUUCAUACACUGCGUGGUAAACUCCGCCCAAACCAUUCCUGUAUGGAUGAACCCUGCAGCUGUGUGUGUGUGUGUGUUGUACUUGCAGAGCUGCACUAUAGGGGACACCAGUGUUAGAACUUUAUAUUAAUAUAGGCCUACAUGAGCUGUGUACAGUGUAGUUAAUAUUGUAGAAAAUGCCAUUUAUAUCUCAUUUAUUAGAAAAAAUAUAUAUAUAUAUUUUCUAUUAACAAUUAAAACUGCUGUUGGUUUGUUUUAAAGUCAAUUAUCUGUAUAUAAAGAAGAAUUAAAUGUUAAUAAAUGUUAAAAACAUGUAGUUGUUAAUAACCAUCUUCAGUGUUUUUUUGUAUUUUGGACAGUAUUCAUCUUUUUCGUGCCUGUAAAAGUUUAUAAAUACUUUCCUGUCAUAAAUCUGAAGUUAAAAGUGGAUUUCAAAAUAAAAGCUGAGACUUUA